GCCACGCCCCCAUGGUCUGCUCACAAAAAAUCAACAAACUCGAGCGCGGAGAAGAGAACAAGCCGGCAGAAAGUGUUGAAAGUUUCUUUCAGGACAUAUACAGAUUAAUUGUUUUUUCUACGGUUUGAAAGCAGAAAACUAGAAUAACAAUCAAAACUGAGGAAUUUCGGCUUUGGAUUUUCUUCCGUCUCGUUUCAAAACAUCUUCAAAUUGGCCGAUAGUGAGGAAAAUAAUGAAGUGCCACAUUCCCAGCGCCAAUGUCAAGGUCUUGGGCAAGGCCAUCCAGACCUUGUCUAAAAUUGGCGAUGAGUUGUACGUCGAGCCGUAUGCUGGAGGAAUUCAUUUCCGGACGGUGGACUCACGAAGAGCGGCGUUCGCCUCGUUCAAUUUUGACCGCAGCUUUUUCAUUCAUUACUCGCCCACAAACAGAGACCACCAACCCUCGAGCAGUCAGAGCCAGGCAGCCGAGCCUGAAUUAUGCAAAGUUCCUAUGAAGUCAUGUCUGGCCGCUUUCCGCACACAUAACGUCAAUGUUGAGAUGUGCAAAAUUUUCUUUGCUAACCAUGGACAGGGUGGACGAGUCCUCGUUUUCCAGCUCUGCUGCCGUCACAGUAUUUGCAAAACCUACUAUGUCCCUGUCAUUCAAACUGAAUCAUUGCAGGCCCACUACAAUAAAGAUUCUACAAAAAACAAAUUGAUUGCCCAAAGCAAACUGCUCAUCGACGCCCUUCACAGCUUCAACAAAAAUCAGGACGAUAUCACUAUUUCUGUAAGUUCUUCCAGGGUGAUAUUACGAAACUUUACAGACGCUUCAGAGGCCAUGAAAAAUACCAUGAGAACUGAGCUAGCCUUGGAGUCGAGUGAAUUCGAUGCUCUGCAAAUUGGAGUAGAAACCACAAUCACUUUCAACUUACGGGAGUUGCGGGCCUUGCUAAGUUUUGCCGAGGCUUGUAACAUCACAGUUUCUGGCCACUUUGACACUCCUGGAAGACCAAUCGUCUUUUGUGUAACCAACCAGCCAUCCUUCGAAGCUCAAUUUGUUCUGGCCACCAUGACUUACAAUGACACACUCUCUCAAUCCCAAAGUGUGAGCAGCCAAAGAAGUAGUAGUCAAAGAAGUUUCAAUGACACUGUGGUUCGAAGGAGGCCAUCAACUACCGUUGAACAAAGCCAAGCAACAUUACCAAGAGCACCUACAGAACCACCAGCUACACCUCGACCUGAAAUUGCUGCUCAGAUCGAUAUGGAAAUUGAAGAAAUCCAGCAGCUGCAGUGGGAGGAAGACGAAGAACCAGCCCCUCCCGUCGGAACACCACCAGAAAUCAGAGCUCAAAAAUUUUAUUUCCCCCGGUGCUUUCGUGAAAAAGAAGUGGAAAGUGCUCCUCAGACUUUGGGUGUUAUACUAGCGUAUGAUAGUGACGGGGAAAAUUGAAGAGAGGUUGCCAAGAACAAAAUUAUAAGUGAAGCCACUGCAUUUAUUUUUUGUAUAGUCUUAAAUUUCUCCUCUUUCCUACUAAGUAUUGGACUUAGUAUUUUUCCAUAUUGUGAUAAUGAGAAACAUGUCUUACAGAAAGUUUAUGGAUACCAAACAUGCUAUUAAUUAAAGUGUACUUAUCAAGGAUGC